UGUCGACAGAGGCCUCUCCACCACGCCUUGUGCCUUUCACUCCAUUUAUUUAUGUUUAUUUGUGUAUUUUAUUUUUUAAUAUCCUGUUAAAUAAACGUAAAAAUGGAAACUUCCUUUUCUUCUUCUUCUUCGUCUUCUUUACAAUAAUUCGCGGCUUCUUCUAGCUUCAGAGCAAAGAAUGGUGAAGCGCCGGAGAUAGAGAUCUGUAUUCUUCCAUGUCCGGAGCUUCUUCAUCCUCUGCCCACUCUCUGGUUCGGAGUUGAAGAGGUUACUUCUUCUUGACCUAUUUCCCCCAAAUAGCUUAUUAGCUCGAGAAAUGGAGUCGGAUCCAGGAUUCGUCGAUUCGGGUGUGUACCUGAGGUUAGGGCUUAUGAUAGAGGGCAAACGCUUGAGAAAGCCACCGACAGUCCUGUCACGUCUGGCUUCAUCUCUGGAGAGGUGUGUGUCGGCGGAUGAGGAGGAGUUGGUUGAAGCGCCGGAGAUGAAAGAGUCUGUGACAGUGUUUGAAGGGAGAUCCCCGCCAGAGAUCAGCAUUGCGCACUACUUGGAUCGCAUAUUCAAGUACUCAGGGUGCAGCCCAUCUUGCUUUGUCAUUGCACAUAUCUACAUUGAUCAGUUUCUCCAGAGGACCCGAGCUCGACUCAGGCCGCUUAAUGUCCACCGCCUUAUCAUAACAAGCGUGAUGCUCGCCGCUAAAGUCUUCGACGACAGGUAUUAUAACAACGCAUACUACGCGAGAGUGGGAGGUGUGAGCACGAGAGAGUUAAACAGGUUGGAGAUGAAGUUGUUGUUCACCCUUGACUUCAAGCUUCAGGUACAUCCUCAGACGUUUCACACACACUGUUGUCAGUUGGAGAAACAGAACAGCGACGGUUUCCAGAUCGAGUGGCCGAUCAAAGAUGCAUGUCGAGCCAGCAAAGAGACGUGGCGGAAGAGCACUCCAGAGUCAGUCUGCUGCUCCCAAACGACUGCACGCUGAUCAGCAAGUGUAAGAUAGGGUUUUGUGUGUGUGUGUGUGUGUGUGUUGGUAGUGAUGAUUCUUUUGCAAAGAUUGAUUGUUAUAGACAAUUCACAUUUGUGUAGUAGAAAGCCUCUGAAUUUCCCACCAACUCAGUAGUGUUUUCAGAGGUUUAUAUAUACACACUGAUUCUUAAAAGUAAACACAUAUUUCAUUGAACAUCAUAACACGGCAACAAUUUCUUCCACAUCAGCUGCCGUGCAAUUUCUC